AAUCCUAAUUUUAAUAUAAAAAAAAAUGCCUCUACACCUUGCUUCAUACAUAAAGAGAAUGAAAAAGAUACUAUGGGGUUUCAUUAUUGCGUCAUUUUUUAUUGUGACGUAUAAAACAAUUAAAGGAAAUCGGGAUCAUAUUCAUUCGCUCAUAAACAGUUUUAAAUCAAAAGAAGAUUUUAUUUUUGAUUUCUUUAAUCGAACCGAAAACGCGGACACAAAAGUUUUCUCACUGGAUAAUUUCACUUUAUUUUUGGAUGAUAAUCCCGAUAAUUUGGAAGAGUAUGACUUGCCACUGUGCCCACAAAAACCUCCCGGACUAAAAGGCAAUUUGCGAAGGCAGGAUUACUUGGAUUUAACCCCACCGCCAUUCGAAAAAAUUUCUAUAGAUAAUCCGAGGUUGUCAAUCGGUGGGAAAUACGCUCCAAAGCACUGUCGUCCACGAUUCAAACUUGCUAUUAUCAUUCCCUUACGCGGGCGCAUACAUCAGCUCCGAGUACUCUUAGCGCAUAUGCACCCAAUAUGGCAGCGACAGCAAUUGGACUAUACUGUGUACGUUGUGUGGCAGAGCGGGGAACAUCUGUUCAACAAGGCCAAAAUAAUGAAUGCUGGAUUUCUGGAAGCGAGUAAAGAUCGAAAAUACGAUUGCUAUGUUUUCCAUGAUGUCGAUAUGCUUCUGGAGAACGAUGAAUGUCUGUACUGGUGCCCAACUGAAGACAACCCUCGCAGUUUGUCGGUUUACGUUGACAAAUUCUUCUAUCGUUAUAAAUCCUACACCCUGAAAUGUAGACCAAGUAAUAUCCGGCGGACUCAAACUGUACCAUACUUCGGAGGUGUGGUCAUGGUUACAAAAUCACAAUUUAUGUGCGCCAACGGUUUCUCGAACAUUUACUGGGGUUGGGGCGGUGAAGAUAACGACUUGUACUUACGCUUAUGGAAUCAGGGAUAUCAGCUUCAUAAUCCUUACGGGAAAAGUUGUUCAUAUCAUAUGAUUCGACACAAAAAAGAAAAAUCAAAUGCAGAAAAUAAAGGACAUUUUGCAUUGAUGACUCACGCCAUUACGCGGAUGAAAUACGAAGGAUUAAACACCUUAAGAUACAAACGCUUGUCAACCAAACGGGAACCGCUUUUUACGAAUAUAACCAUAGACGUCGGACAACCAAUCAAACAAUACGUUGAUUUCAUGAUGUACAACGUUACUGACGACGAACUAUGUCAUCGUUCGAUGCCAUGGGACUUUCAGCACUACAACUGAAAAACUGGUGUUCCUUAUUAUACCAUAUAAAGGUCUUCAUGCAAGAUAAGGUCCAGCUUUAUCUCUAAGCCAGAGGACAAUAAAAAAGCGUUUUCAAAUACACGGACACGAAAGUCAAAUAGUAUUUUAUAAUGACCCAACGAA